AACGACCCGAACUCCACUCGGUCGGACGCCCGCGCGCGCCGCCGCCGCGCACUCGCGUGCCGCCACGUGGCCUCGCGCUCCACGACGCGGUCAAACACGCGCUCGACAUUCACACCGAGCGACGCCUCCCUCGUCGUGCCCCGACCGCCCGCCGCUCCGCAGGCCCCUCGGCGAGCGCGGCCGUGCGAUGUCCGCGGACGACGACAUGCAGGUCGUGAAGCGCAACGGCAAGAAGGAGACCGUGCGCUACGACAAGAUCACGAGCCGCAUUCAGAAGCUCUGCUACGGCCUCGACGCCAAGUACAUCAAGCCGAACCAGAUCACGCAGAAGGUGAUCCAGGGCGUCUACGACGGCGUGACGACGCACGAGCUCGACGAGCUCGCGGCGCAGACGACGGCCUACAUGGCGACGCAGCACCCCGACUUCUCCGUGCUCGCCGCGCGCAUCUCCGUGUCGAACCUGCACAAGUCGACGGACAACACGUUCUCCGACGUCGUCGAGAAGCUCCACAAGCACAUGCACCCCAAGACGAAGAAGCCCGCGGCGCUGAUUUCCGACGAGACUUACGCCACGGUGCAGAAGCACAAGGACGCGAUCAACGCGGCCAUCGUCUACGAGCGCGACUUCGAGUACGACUAUUUCGGGUUCAAGACGCUCGAGCGGAGCUACCUCAUGCGCCUCGACGGUGCGAUCGCGGAGCGGCCUCAGCACAUGAUCAUGCGCGUCGCGCUGGGCAUCCACGGCGAUGACCUGGCGGCCGCGCUGGAGACCUAUGAGAUGAUGUCGCAGAAGAUGUUCACGCACGCGACGCCGACGCUCUUCAACGCCGGCACGCCGCGGCCGCAGCUGUCGUCGUGCUUCCUGUUGGCCAUGAAGGAGGACUCCAUCGAGGGCAUCUACGACACGCUCAAGCGCUGCGCGGCCAUCUCCAAGUACGCGGGCGGCAUCGGCCUGUCGGUCCACAAUAUCCGUGCGACGGACUCCUACAUUUGCGGGUCCAACGGCACGUCGAACGGCAUCGUGCCCAUGCUCCGCGUCUACAACGAUACGGCGCGCUACGUGGACCAGGGCGGCGGCAGGCGCAAGGGCUCCUUCGCCAUCUACCUCGAGCCCUGGCACGCGGACAUCGAGACGUGGCUCGACCUCAAGAAGAACCACGGCAACGAGCUCGAGCGAGCGCGCGAUCUCUUCUACGGCCUCUGGAUCCCGGACCUGUUCAUGAAGCGCGUCGAGGCUAACGGGUUCUGGUCCCUCAUGUGCCCCAACGAGUGCCCGGGCCUCGCGGACUGCCACGGCGCCGAGUUCGAGGCCCUCUACGAGCGCUACGAGGCCGAGGGCCGCGCGCGCAAGGCCAUCCCCGCGCAGCAGCUCUGGUUCGCCAUCCUCGACAGCCAGGUCGAGACGGGCACGCCCUACAUGCUCUACAAGGACGCCUGCAACGACAAGUCGAACCAGAAGCAUUUGGGCACGAUCAAGUCGUCGAACCUGUGCACCGAGAUUGUCGAGUACACGGCCUCCGACGAGAUCGCGGUUUGCACCCUGGCGUCCAUCAACCUCACGGUCCACGUCGAUGGCGCCGGCGACGCCGCGACAUUCGAUUUCGCCAAGCUCAAGCGCACGGCCUACGUCGUGACGAAAAACCUCAACAAAGUUGUCGACGUCAACUACUAUCCGGUGGAGGAGGCCAAGUCGUCGAACCUGAAGCACCGGCCCGUCGGCAUCGGCGUCCAGGGCAUGGCCGACGCCCUUGCGAAGCUGCGCCACCCCUACGAGUCCGACGAUGCGAAGCGGAUCAACAGGGACGUCUUCGAGACCAUCUACUUCGGCGCCAUGGAGGCGUCCAUCGACCUGGCCCAGGAGCUCGGCCCCUACGACUCCUACGCGGGGUCGCCGACGUCCCAGGGCCUCUUCCAGUUCGACCUGUGGAACGUGAAGCCGUCGGACCGCUGGGACUGGGAGGGGUUGCGCGCGCGCCUCGGCGAGCACGGCUGCCGCAACUCGCUCCUCCUCGCGCCCAUGCCCACGGCGUCGACGGCGCAGAUCCUCGGCAACAACGAGUCCUUCGAGCCCUUCACGUCGAACAUGUACACGCGGCGCGUGCUCGCGGGCGAGUUCGCUGUCGUCAACAAGUACCUCCUCCGGGACCUCAUCGCGCUUGGCUUGUGGACGUCCGAGAUCCGGAACCAGAUCAUUGCGGACAAGGGCUCUGUCCAGGGCGUUCUCGCCAUCCCCGACGAUCUCAAGGCGCUCUACAAGACGACGUGGGAGAUCAAGCAGAAGUGUGUGCUGGACAUGUCCGCGGACCGCGGCGCGUUCAUCUGCCAGUCGCAGUCGCUGAAUUUGCACGUCGCGGACCCGAACCCGGGCAAGCUCACGUCCAUGCAUUUCUACGCCUGGAAGAAGGGCCUCAAGACGGGCAUGUACUACCUCCGCACGCGGCCCAAGGCCGACGCCAUCGCCUUCACUGUGGACCAGGCCAUGGCGGCCAAGAGCCGUGGCGGCGCCGCGCUCGAACUCGCCAACGGCCAGGAGGCGGAGGAGCACGAGUGCCUCUCCUGCGGCGCCUAGGCGCCGAAACUCAACCCGGCGUGAGACGCUUGCGAUCCCCGCGAGUAGCGUCCGGCACACCGAGGAGUCCUCCCACCCUGAGCCCUAACUCUCGUCGCACCU